GCUCGCCAAUCGAUUAAUGUCACCUCGAAUCGAUACGCGCAACUGUUGAAUUAUAUGGAACCGGACCGUUUACCUUCCCAGCUUUUCAGAGUUUUCCCCGAGAAAUGUGUUUUCUGCGUUUCCUGGCCCAGGCCCGCAGCACCUUAGGGCGGCAUCUGGCGGAGGUGUCACCUGCUGCCUGGGCAGCGGCUCCCGUCGAUUCCGGCCGGAAAUUGCAUCUGGUCAUGGGAAACGAGUCGUGCGACCUGGACUCGGCCGUGUCUGCCGUCACCCUGGCCUUUGUCUACGCCGAGCGCCAUCGUGAGCACGACUACGUGCCCAUUCUGAACAUUCCUCGCCGGGAUUACCCUCUGAAAACGGAGGUGGGCCACUUGUUUGUCAAGUGCGGGAUUGCCGAGCCAGUGUUGCUCUUCCGUGACGAUAUUCCCAAGGAAGUGGCUCAGGAUGUGAGCGUUAUCCUUGUGGAUCACCAUGUCAGCCCGCUGGCGGCAAAUGUGAGGGAGAUUUUGGAUCACAGGCCCUUGGAAGACAGUAGUUCAUCCUUUAAGCAGCUGCCAGGCGGUUGCGAGAUGGACAUUGAUGAGGCAGUGGGAUCCUGCGCCACUCUGGUGGCCCAGCGCUAUUUAAACGAAAAGCAGCCCCGAUCCGUUGGCGUUGCCCAGAUGCUGCACGCCACAAUCGUGCUGGACACCAUCAACUUUGCCCCCGCGGCCAAGCGUUAUGGGCCAAAAGAUGUGGCUAUGGUCGAGCAGCUGGAGAGGGAGUUGAACCGCCAGGACGAUCAAAGAAGCAGUCUUUUCGAUGAGCUGGUGGCUGCAAGGGCGGAUAUCAGUAAGCUUACUCUCACCGAGGUGCUGCGCAAGGAUAUGAAGAUCCUACAAACCGAUCGUCAGGUGGUUCCCCUAGCUGGAAUGCCCAUCCUUGUCAGGGAUUUCGUGGAGAAAAGCGGCGCCGAGAAGGCCGUACGCGAGUUCGGCGUGGAGAGUAACCUACUGGUUAUCCUGGGAAUGUAUGUCUCACCCGCCGACGGACAAGUGCAGCGGGACCUGGCCUUGAUCUCCCUCUCCGGCCAGAGCCAGUUUGUGGAACGUGUGCGGCACGCGCUAAUGGAGUCCAAGGAUCCCAAGCUGGAGCUGCGACCUCAUGAGGUGGACACCCGCUUCAUGGGCGGAUGCUUCCUGCGCCAACACAAUGUUCAGGCCACCAGAAAGCACAUCCUUCCCAUCGUGAAGCGAGCUCUGCUCGAAUGGGAGGCAGAUCAUGCAUGCGAUUGCGACGAGGUAUACUUCUUCAAGGAGAAACCGCAGCUGGGACUCUCCUAAAGCGGGACCAAAACCGAAUGAGCAGCUUAGAAAAGACUUAGCUAGAAUUUUAAUGAAACUGAUAUGUUACCAUCGUUAAGCUUACACCAAAAAGGAGUAUAAAUGUAUCAUUUAAGAUGAUAAUGUCGAAAUUCA